AUGCCAGACGAGUACAGGUUCGGCUAUCUGUUGAAUCAGCGCUUCUUUACCAUGACGGUUUCAACGGCCCGCUCUCCAGUCUUUAUCAACAUGCGUGAGGUCUGCGGCCGGCAUAAAUUGCCUCCGGGAAAUUAUGCCAUCAUACCGUCUACCUACAGACCGAACGAAGAGGCUCGCUUUAUGCUGCGCAUCUUUUCAGAGAAGGCCUGCAGAACAAACGAGCUGGAUGAUGUGACCUCAAUUGCUGAUGCCACUCUGCCGGCUAACUCCGGGUCUAUGGAACCUUCAAAAGUGAUCCAACUUAAAGAGGCUUUCAAUAAAAUCGCUGGGCCUUCCAAAGACAUCACUUCGGAUGAGCUGCGUGAUAUACUAAAUGCGGCAUUUGGGAAAGACUUUCCCUUCGAGGGCUUCAGCAAAGAAACGGCUCGCAGUAUGGUGGCACUCUUGGAUGUAUCCUUUUCGAAGCAAAGUUGGAAGAGAUUCGAAGAUCGAUCUCAGCAGAGGAGGACGGUUGAAUCCCGUUGUACCGCAGUCAUUUGGCUUUUAUACGACGUUGAGGUCGAUGCAGUCCACGAGACGUCCUCCCUCUUUUCAGGUGAAAACGGGCUGAGCUUUCGUCCAUCAUAUGAUGGACAUCAUCAGAUUUGGGUCUCAUUUCUGUAA